AUGGGAGCCCCUGCCCUUCGUAUUUUCCUGGCAAAGGCUUCGAGCGUUUCAGGAGUCAGCCGAACUGGAUCGAAGCCGAGCAAGUGUGGUCGCAAGUGCCUCAUCUCUCAAAGCUGUAUCUCGUUCAUUUGUCCUGAUUACUGCGGGAAGCUGAAGGAGCUCCGCCAUUUCCCUGAUCUGUGGUACUGUAAACCGGAAGAGUGUACGGCUGUCGGUUUCUUGCAAGAGGUCAAGAUCAAGUCGAUUAAGACGUCUAGGAAGCUGUAUAAAGGGUCGGACGAAUUCAUUAUUUUCGAUGUUGUCUAUGUGACGGAUAGCACCAUAGCGUGUGGUGCAGUGACAGUUGAGCUGCGCGCACAAUUGCUCAUAUUGAUUUGUGACUGCUUCUACGCGCUCACGCGCUUGCACGCGUACCUCUGCCACCGUAUGCUCGAUCAACAUAUGUUCAACGAAGUAUCUUUAUUGAUAUUGCCAUUGUCCAGCCCGCCUAGAACCAUUGUACCUGAUCCAUACCUUUGUGCUAUUCCUAGCAAAUAUACCUCGCGUCCCGUAGUAGCCAUCCGAGUACCCUGACCAAGAAUCCUAGAAACACAUAAAUAGAGCCAUAGAAUCCAUAGCAUAUAACCUCAGUCUGCAAUA